AUGUCUGGUCGCGGCAAGCAAGGGGGCAAGGCGAGAGCCAAGGCCAAGUCUCGUUCUUCCCGUGCCGGACUCCAGUUCCCGGUCGGUCGUGUCCACCGCCUGCUGCGCAAAGGGAACUACGCCGAGCGGGUGGGCGCCGGCGCUCCCGUCUACCUGGCGGCGGUGCUGGAAUAUCUCACGGCGGAAAUCCUGGAGUUGGCCGGCAACGCUGCUCGGGAUAACAAGAAGACCCGCAUCAUCCCCCGUCACCUGCAGCUCGCCAUUCGCAACGACGAAGAGCUCAACAAACUCCUGGGGAAAGUGACCAUCGCCCAAGGGGGCGUGUUGCCCAAUAUCCAAGCGGUCCUUUUGCCCAAGAAGACGGAAAGCCACAAAGCGAAAGGAAAAUAGAAAUUGCUCUGGAGAAAAGGAACAUUGAAUUUCAAACCCAAAGGCUCUUUUCAGAGCCACCUACAAUUUCAAGUAAGGAGCUGAGUCUUGGUGUCAAAUAAGUUUUUUUUUUCCUUUUCAGAUCCAAAGCAUCCUGGGGCCUAGCCCUUACCUGCCCCAGGGUUUGCCUAUGAUCGCGAAUAUUGCUUUAUCCGGGCAGAUUUAAAAAAGCCACCUGUUACUAUACAGAAGGCUUCAGCUGUUACAUUCCAAGCCCCCACCGCUUAAUUUAUAAAAGCGUGAGAAUGGGGAGGCAAUCUUAACAAAUCGCCGCAUCCGGCGGGAUUAUUCAAACUCUGCAUUUUCUACAUUUAAUGUAAAAUUAGGAUCCCAUUACACUCACCAAAGGGCACUUAACGUAGGACCCCCCUUUCUUCAGUAUUAAAUCAUUUUUUUAAAAAAAAUAAGCCGCUGUUGAGACUUUUAAAGGUUUGUGUGUGUAUAUAUAGAAACAUCUUAGGGACCUAGAACAGUGAUCUCAUGGCUUCAUGAUACAAUUUUACGUUUGGAAAAAGCAAAUGUUUGGAAAAAGCUCCUGCGUGGAGCUUUCAUGGCCGCUUCCAUCCAGAUUUUGGGAACAACGCGGAAAUAGUUGUUUUCCUAGUCUCUACUUUUGGCCUUCUCUAGCCCCCGAUCUUGAUUGAUAUUUAGAGACCACCCGAAGUAUCGUGCGUAUGCCAGCGGAAAAUAAUGAAAAUAUAUAAGGUCGCGACUAAUCAGUUACUAAACCAUUUACAUAACAAGUGCUUAAAAUGAAACGGAAAAAAAUAUAUAAUGGAAUAAACUGUUGCAAUACAAGUUUAGAUGGUCUCCCAGUUUAGGCAAUAUAGGAAUACACAUUGAGUUUAAUGGUGACGUGUUUAUCUUGGUGUAAAAUACACCAAUACACAAAAAAGUGACUUUGUAGUGUUCCCCCUUCUCUCCCAGUUUAGGCAAUAUAGGAAUACACAUUGAGUUUAAUGGUGACGUGUUUAUCUUG